GUUGGGCUGUAUCUUGUCAAUGUUUUGCUGAUCAUGCUCGUUCAACCUCGUUGCUUGCUGAGCUCCCAACUUUCUCGCUGAAUUGUUGACAAUCAGUUGACAUCAGUUGACCUUCUGUCAGCUUUGCGAUUGGAGGAGAGGCCUGGGAAGAAGGUGAGGUUCACUCAAAUGAGGGGCGGUCAGGCAAUUGCCCAAGACACUCGCAGCAUUGCAUGCUGUGUUUCUUUGAGCGUCCUUCAAUGGCGGCCAUGUCUUCAGCUCAGUGGAUCAGCACUCUUCAGGCGCAGCACGAAAAAAUUGAGCGCAGUGCCGACGACCCGGCAGCCCUAACGGAGGCGUUCAUCGCUGUGGCAGAAUGCAUGGAACACUACUUUCUGACAAGCAACGAGGAAGUGCAGAGCUCAGAUAUCCAAGCGUCAAUGGCCAAAUUUGCUUGGGCCUGGGUAGAGCUGCCUCAGUUCCCAGUUCGUAAGCUGCUUCCAGCUGCAGCGAAGGCGCUACAGCGUUUCCCCCAGCACAGGGGCCUUGCUUUGGCAAUUGCGGACUGGUGCAAAGAUGUCUGCACCCAAAACGUGCAGGCAAAGAUGGAGGCGAUGCAAUGUGGUAUGCUACAGGGCCUCUGCUUGGCGGCGGGUCAUCUGGCACUAUGUGAAGAGUUCAGGGAGGAUGAGUAUCUUCUGGCGGGAUGCAUCUUUGAAGCGCUUCGGAAAGCUGCAGAGCCCCCUGGGGUUGCAUUUUACUCCCGGCCGCUAGCGGUGAAAAAUGAGUUCUACUCCGUGGCGACAAACACGUGGGGUGCAGUCCAGCUAGACAGCGCCGUGUUAGCGGCCUUGGUGAAGCGUGGAGACUUUAAAGACUUUGGGGCGGUGAAUCACGCGCUUCUGCUGACGACUUACUUCGUUCAAAGAUACUCCAGAGCAAUGGUGCAUGACAAACGCCGCCAUGAGGGGAUUGUGGAGCACUACCUGGAAGUGGUCAAGACUUUGGGGGAGGCUUUCAACUUUCAGUUCCCAAAGUUGGCAGGCAAUGAAGCUUUCCAGAGGUACUUCAAGCGAACGUUCGAGGAGGCGAGUCGCUUAGACUUCCAAUAUGAAGACUACAUCGAUCAAUUUGACGAGAUCCUCUUGAUGCACAAGCGGACCUUCAGUGCUUCCCAGGUCCCAUAUGAUCACAGGAACCCGUGCUUGCCGCCUGCCCGCAACAGGCAAUGCUUCUCGGACUUCAGAUACGUGAGCGAAAGGCAGACCUCGCAGGACAUCCACCAGAACUGGGGCAUCCGGUUAUCCGAAAGAAGAAACGUCUUAAAGAUUGCGCGCAAGUAUGCCGCCGCCGGCGCUGAUGCAGGCGCCGGCAGCGUCGCACCAGGUGCGUUCGCCAACGCCGAUAUUGGAGAGAAGAGUCGCGCAAACAAGGCUUCUGCUUCCAUGCGGGAGUGUGGAGACAAGACCCGGACCUGCGCAAAUUGCUCUAGGGUACAGGAGGAGCGCACCCCAGCAGAGCUCGUUUUCCAGAAGUGCUCGCGGUGCAAGGCCGCAUACUACUGCGGACGCGAGUGUCAAAAGGGUCAUUGGAAGGAGCAUAAGCUUGUGUGCGCACCUCGGCACUUCGCUUCCCAAACCUGCUCAUAGGAAAGUCAAUAGUUCAGUUGAUCAAAAGACCGAUCACUGCUAGGGUGGCAAGGCUGUUCUGCAUAAGCUCGGACCUGAGAAUCGUUGUAAAGUAAUGAAACGCGUUAGACAUGUACAUAAAUUGAAUCGUUGGUAGAUAUGUACAUGGUAGCUACUUUGAUACCCAAGAAUGUCGGAGCACACGUACGGGUCAUUUCGAGGACAUUGCAUGGAGCACAUCGCACGAAGUCAACCAAGAGGAAAAUGUUUGUGUAGCAGACAGACCGGAGUAGUAAUCAAAGUCUGAUCGAUUAUAGUCCGGCACAUUUAAGAUGCCAUGCUUCGUCCCGGGAACUGCGUCUUGUCUGCAAAGGGAGG